AUAAAAAAUGAAAAAUACAACAACAAAAUUCAAUAUAAAAAUGAGAAAGAUGCCGCAAUAAAAGUUCUGAAAAGUUCAAUAUAUGAAAUUACAACAAAAAAUUAAAAAUACAACAACAACAAAAUUAAAAAAAAUCCACAAUAAAAGUUCUGAAAAAAUUCAGCAACAACAAAAUCAACACGGCAGCUGUAUUUUCGCAUUAACUUCAUCUCAAACAAAGGCAGAUUGCGUAAAAAUAUAACCUUUUAAUCAAAAAAAAAGUCGCACAUAACGCGAAAAAGUGUAAAAUAUUCAUUGUGUUGUCUUUCGGCUGCCUGUCAUCAGCAACAACAUACGCACGCAGCAAAAGAAUGAAACUGUUGCUGGCAUUUUGAUGCGCCAAAGCAGCAGCCAAGUGGGCAAGAGAAGUGUUUAAAAGCGUUUUGCCGACAAUGCAAGCAGCGAGUGCAUCAAAAAGCACUAUAAAAUUGCAAUAACAACAAAAUUUAAAAAAAUUUACACAACCAAAAGGAAAUUUUAACAAAUACAUGUGUAUAAAGCAAUCUCUCAGCAUCAUCAAGUUGCGCAGCAUCAUUACUUUUGAUGUGCAAGCAGCAUAAGUGAGCGCGCUCAGUAGCACACAAACAUCCAUACGUACAUACACAUGUAUAUGGAAGGGCCAGGCGCGGAAGGCAAGGAAUAUGUCAACAACGAAGGAUAAAAUAAAUUUUCAAAAUACCUGGAGCUGCAACAAAACGACUGGUCGCCGUUCUGGAAGUGGGUAUAAUAGCUGCAGUUUCUUAGAUCUCCAAUCAAUUCGUCGCUUAUUGGAGCACGACAGCAGCGGUACGAUAUGCCCCAGUUGUCGCAUCUCUUUCGACAAGGGCAAACGCCGGAAAUUGAUCGAUACCUGUGGUCAUGAGCGUUGUUAUUCGUGUAUGUUUCGUAAUGACCAGUGUCCGAUGUGUAUGAACAGUAAUAGUUCAUUGAAGGAUGUUGACUGCAACAGCAAUGCUCAAGGUUAUGACACGGGCAUCGGUGGUUCGACAUCGACAAUAGUGAGCCCAUUGGGCUCACCGCAGCCACAGCUGAGAUCACAAGUGCAACAGCAGCAUCAACAGCAACAACAACAGUUGCUGCAACUACAACAGCAGCAACAACAACGCACAAAUGCCGCCGCGCUGGCGCGUUACAUGCAGCAUAACCGGCAGGAGUCCAUAUCCCCGGAAUAUCAUCGCUAUGCAAGUAUUAGUAAAUUGCCGAAAGCGGUGGCCGCAUCGCAGACUACAUAUACCGUUACAGCGGAUAUACACCACGCUAACAAUAGUAACAACAAUCACAGCCACAACAACAAUAAUGGCAAUACCAUUAGCAGCAUCAGCAGUGGCGGCAGCGGCAGCAACAGCAAUUGCAAUACGGUCAGCAGCACAGCUAGCAGCAGCAACAAUAACAACGGUCACAAUAAUAUUAGCAAUAACCAUUACAAUAGCAACAACAACAACAGCAGCAGCAUGCAACAGUCUGCACAGCAACACCAACAACAGUUACACUAUAAUGCCGGCGAUGCAAUCAAUGCAUCUUCAUUUGCCACACCACCGACACGGCGACGUUUCUUUAAUCACAAGAAUUUGCGCAGCGCCUUGACCGGACACCGGCGCACCGCCUCGAAUGGUGGUGUGCCCACAGAUGCCGCCACAACGAUACUCGUCGAUGGCAAAGAUAAUAAUGCACUAAAUACAUCGACCUGCUCCGAUUCGGCAGUUACGCGACGCCGCCGUCAGAAGGUCAGUAACAAUGUGAGCGCUGCAUCCACACGGCCAACAGCGGCUGGCAGUGAGAAUAGACUAAAUCGCUUAAGUCUCGCCGGCACCUCGGUCUAUGCGGGACAUCUUUCAUCGUUGGUUUUUGGUAAAAUCAAAUCGUUAUGGAGCGUCAAUUCAACCUCAUCGGAUGCGGGACUUAAUCAAUUUGCAGGCAACGAUGAUCAUGCGCUAACCGUCGCCGAGAAACAGAAAGAUCAGUUGCGUGCCCGUCUCGGUCUGCUGCUGGACAGCGAUCAGCAUGGCAAUACGAACACGACGACCAGCAGCAGCUCAUCCCAGAAUAUCAGUCCCGAACAGACGCUAUCGGCUGGCUGUGCCAAUGCUUUUGGCUCACAACUCUCCGUGAUCACCAAGGAUGAUACGCUCAGUUUGGCUGGCAAGCUGAAUGCGCUGUCGGUGUCCACCGAUAACAGUGAUGUAUUUCCAGUGAAGGCGCGCAAAACAGGCGUGCGACGUUCAGCACGCGCUGGCCAAUUGGCUGGCGGCGCCGGCAAGCGUAAUGCCAUUUACAAACCGGCCAACGUGCAACCAGUGCAGCUGGCUUUGAAGCCGCUCUUCUUUGAAGUACCACUACCCGAACCAGAUCCACCAUUUAUCGGACGACAGUGGCUGUUGCGUGAGCUCUCCAACAUACUUACCGGCACCGAAACGCCGGGAGUGCUGAUCAAUGGCAAUCCUGGUACGGGCAAGACGGCGCUUAUCUUGCAAUUGGUUGAGUAUUCGUGUUUCGGACGACGUAAGAACAGCAAUAGCAACAGUGAUCCAGAUGGUAUCUACUGCCCCAUCAAUCUCGGUAACGAUCGCUUACGCGCUUUGGCCUCACACAUUGUCGGUUAUCACUUUUGUCAGGCCGAUUCGAACCUCACUUGCCUAGUACCCGACUUUGUGCACUCAUUGGCUGCACAAUUAUGUCAAGCGCCACAACUGGAGGCGUAUCGUGAGUAUCUACUAAGUGAGCCACAUUUGCAGGAUAUAUUGAGCGUUAAGGAGUGUAUUGCUGAUGCGGAGCGCGUUAUGCGUAUGGCUAUUUUGGAACCGUUGAUUGUGCUAAAACGUGCCGGUAAGAUACCGACUAAGACUUGCGUCAUACUCGUCGAUGCUUUGUGCGAGGCGGAGUAUCAUCGUCCCGAUCACGGACACACAAUCGCCACUUUUCUUGCCAAGAUGACGCAGCACUUUCCCUCGUGGCUGAAGGUGGUCGCCACGGUGCGCACACAAAUGCUGGAGUUUGUUAAGGGUUUGUCGUAUACGAAGAUGACGCUCGAUAGUUGGGCCUCAAACGAUCUGCUGCAGAAGGAUAUGCUCGACUACAUCACAUUCCGUGUGAAUCACAGCGUGGAAAUACAGAAUAAUAUUGCGGCUGUGAAGGAUCACAAUAGCGGACAACUGAAGUUUAUCGGACACUUGCAAGCGCUAACAAAGGGUUCAAUGUUGUACGCCAAGCUUAUACUGGAUCUCAUUGAACGCGGUCAGUUGGUAAUCAAAUCGACCAGUUACAAAGUGUUGCCUGUGAGCUUGGCGCAAAUCUUUUUACUACACUUCAAUUUGCGUUUCCCCACCAACAGCAGUUUCGAGAAGGCCGCGCCCAUAUUGAAUGUCUGUUUGGCCGCUUUGUAUCCGCUUACCUUGAAUGAAAUUUACUACACCAUUUGCGCUAUGAAGACCGACGAAGUGCUUAGCUGGGAUGAGUUCUUGCAACGCUUCAAGCUACUCGAUGGCUUUCUUAUACGUCGCAUCGACAAUACGUACAUGUUUUUCCACUCUUACUUCCGUGAAUGGUUAAUCCGACGUGACGAGGGUGAGUCGUUGAAAUUCCUAUGCGAUUUUCGACUCGGCCACGCGGCCAUUGCAUUUCGGCUAUCGCGCAUGCAAGCGCCACUUGAUCCCGAACAAACAAUGGAACUUGGACAUCACAUGCUGAAGGCGCACAUUUACCGCAACUGUCAAGGUCCACAACUACCGCGCGAUAUGCAAUCCUUCUGGGUCGCCACCGUCACUGAUAACAUAUCGGCCGCGCUUGGUUCUUUGCGCAACGUUUACAGCCCGAAUUUAAAAGUGUCGCGCUUGAUUUUACUAGCUGGUGCUUCCUCACACUACCGCACUGAGUUCAUGGGCGGCGCAACAAUACUCUGCAUUGCGGCUCACGAGGGCAUAAUGCCAAUGGUGAACUUACUGCUAGAGUUUGGCGCUGACGUGAGUCUAACUAACAGUCAAGGCUGCACACCCCUUAUAUUGGCUGCCAUACGUGGUCACGCUGAUGUUGUACGCUUGUUGGUGGCUGCAGGCAGCAGUUUAGGGCAAACAGAUACAACACAGCGCUGUGCAUUGGUACAUGCCGCGCGCACCGGACGUUUGAAUGUGGUGAAAUAUUUGCUGGCUUGUGACUGGACGCCGCGUCCCAAUUCACAGGAUGUUAGUUUGUCGAUGGCGCUGCAGCAAUCGCUUAUCGCCGCGGCAGCACAAGAUCACGUAUCCAUCGUUGAGGAUUUGCUAGAAAUCGACGACAUCGAUGUUAAUCUCAUCAAUGAGGCAUGCGGUGAAUUGCCGCUAACCGCAGCGGCACGUAACGGUUGCAGCGAUACAGUCGCUAUCUUAUUGUCAAAAGGCGCGCGUAUUGAUGCGCGCAAUAAACAAGAUUUUACCGCGCUCUGGUUAGCAGUAAAAGAAGGACACUGGGCGGUGGUGGAGAAGCUGAUACAAAAUGGCGCUGAUAUGGACGAGCCAGUAACCGCAGCGCGCAAAACACCGCUUAUGAUUGCCGCUGAAGAGGGUCACAUUGAACUGUUGGAGUUAUUGAUUGAACGUGGCGCCGCGCUGGAAGCACAAGAUGAGGAAGGCUUUACGGCGCUCUCAUGGGCAAGUCUACGUGGACGCCAACCGGCCGCCAAGUGUCUGAUCGAACGUGGCUCCAAUCGUAAUCACGCCGAUAACAAGGGGCGUACACCCCUCGAUUUGGCCGCAUAUCAAGGCUCUGCCGCUUUGGUGCUCUAUCUACUCGAACAGGGCGCCAAUAUCGAGCAUAUCGAUGUGAAUGGCAUGCGUCCACUCGACCGCGCGAUUGCUUGCCGCAAUAUACAAGUUGUACAAGUAUUUUUGCGUCGCGGAGCCAAGUUAGGCCCUACCACCUGGAGCAUGGCUAUGGGCAAACCGGAGAUUUUGAUAGUGCUGCUAAAUAAGUUGCUCGAAGAUGGCAAUGUUUUGUAUCGUAAGAAUCGCUUUCACGAUGCGGCGCAUCGUUAUCAGUACGCCUUGCGUAAGAUCUCAUGUCUGGAGAAUUUGUUAGAGCGAAGCGCAAUAUUUGCACAAUUGCGCACCAACUUGUUGCUAAAUCUGUCGCGCUGCAAGCGAAAGUUAAAUGAACUUGACGAAUCCAUCGAUUUAGCCACACAGGCCAUCGCUCAGAAACCCGCCAGCUAUGAAGGCUACUAUGCGCGUUCCAAGUCGCGCAUGGAAAGUGGCGAUUACGACGAAGCGCUUGUCGACGCCAACGAGGCUAUGCAGAAAGCAUUGCAAAGCGGCGUCUCAACCGAAGUGGUUGCGGUGCUCAAGCGCAUACAAGCCGAGUUGUUGGCGCACACCAACAGUGACGCUGGUGUUAAUGGUGCGGCAACAGCGCACGUCAGCGCGAAUGCUUAUGAGGAGUAUGCGCUCAGUUGCGCGGACUUUGGCGCUAUGGGCUUACAAAUGCAAAAUGAAAGCUCGGAUCUGUAGCUUGUUUUUUGAAAAUCACAAUACUUACAAGCUUAAUUGAUUUUUUUGAAAAAUUGGUUUUUAUUAUAUUUACGCGCUUUAAUUUGCCUUAAAUGAUUGA